AAACGUAUUUAUCAGUUCAACUGUUCGUCGGGCACUGUGAAGAGUACCCGAAAUAGUUAUCAGAAGAAGUAAUAAACAAUAAAGCUUCAAAACUAUUUAAAAAACUCGGAAUUGUCAUUUGAAAAAAUAACAAAAUACCACAAUUCAAAGAACUCCACGCACUGAGAAUUGUUAUAAACAAAUAGUGAUUAUGGGAAUAUAAACAACAGUUUCAUAAUUACCUAAAGAAUCUACUGUAAUUCGUGUUAUUAUUGCUAUUAUUAUUAUUUUUAAACCAUGAAAAAAAACAGCAGAGUUAUUUAAAGAACGUAAAGCAAUUGGAAUAAUUAUUUAAAGGGAACAAGAGGAAUUUGUAAUCUCUAAUAAACGAGUAACAAUUAGGAUAAUUAUUUAAAAAAUGGAAGAGCUAAUGCACCUGGACCUUUACGGACUCCUGGAGGUUUCGCCCUCGUCAACGUCAUCACAAAUAAAGACAGCCUAUCGUAAAAAGGCGCUGUCAUGCCAUCCGGAUAAAAAUCCAGAUAAUCCAAAAGCAGGGGAGCUCUUCCACCAGCUGUCAAGAGUCCUGGAGAUCCUGACUGAUGAAUCAGCGAGAUCUGCAUACGACAAAGUCCUCCAAUCCAAGGAGCAGGCGAAGGAGAGGGCGCAAAAGCUAGACGCCAGGAGGAAAAAAUUCAAGGACGACCUUGAGGCGAGGGAGGAGAAAUUCCGGAAUGCCGGGGAACCUGGAAAAUCCGGGAAAUCAGACGAGGAGAAGCUGAAGGAGGAGAUCGAGAGGCUCCAGAAAGCGGGAUCCAGACUCGUCGAGGAGGAGGUGAAUUUCAUUAAUGAACAGAUUCGCCAGCAGUUGAGGAAAAAUCGAACAGAAGGGCGAGAAGGGCAGGACGAGGGGAGUGGAAAGGUCAAGAUCCGGUGGAGAGUUGAUAAUGAGGAAAAACUGGAGAAUGGAGGGUACAGUCGCGAGGUUUUAACGAGAAUUAUGUCAAAGUAUGGUGAUGUUUCUGGGGUGGUGCUGUCUGGAAAGGGUGGAAGGGCUCUGGUGGAGUUUAAGGAGAGAUCAGCUGCGGAAAUGGCUGUGGGAAUCGAGAGAGGACUUGUGGGGAAUCCUCUCAAGCUGGAGGGCAUGUGGGAGGGGGCAAAGGUGAAGACAGAAGGGCUCACAGGAUCUAGGACAGAAAGACCGAAGCCGACGGGAUCGAGGACAGCAGAAGGGCUGAGCUCAAGACUUUUUCCGACACAAGGGGAUGCUUUUAGGGGCCCCUCGACAUUUCCCAGUUUUUCCUCGGCUCCUGAUAUAUUUGGGACGACUAACGACGAGGACUUCGAGACCAUGGUCCUGGCGAACCUCAGGAGGGCCGAGGAGAGGAGAAAAAUCAUCCACCAAAUGAUGGAGGAGAACAAGACGAGUUGAUUUGUAAUUCAUUAAUAAUAAAAAUCAAUCUUGGAAAUCUCAAAUCAAUAA